UGCUUUUCAUGAUGCAAUUUUGGUUGACCCGAUUGUCUCUACCAAAUUUGGUUCCAACUGGUUAAUCCGACCGAUCGAUCGACCCGGAUUUAAAACAUUGUUUUUAAAAAACGAUGCAAACCUUGUUUUUAUGUAUUCUUCAAUCGCCGCAAUCAUUAGCAUCGUAAAUACUCUUCGCAUUUUGGUUGCGUUUUCGUCUCUGGAUUCCUAAUUUCCCACAGUAAGCUUUCUUCUCCUUCUUAUGGCGUCCACCAGUUUCUUAUCUCGUUCACUCCGUUUCGCUGCUACAAAACCCUAUUGUCCAUCUUCAAUCCCUUCUAUUUUAACUACUCCCCCAAAACAGGUAUCCUUUAAUCGUUGUCGUUUGAUAUCAUCGUCCAUGGCUUCGGACUCGACUCAGAAUGAAUUGCCGUCAAAUAAUCCAGGGCUCCAAAGUACACCUCCUGAUAAAGAAACUAAUGGCUACUUCAUGCAACAAACGAUGUAUCGAAUUAAAGAUCCAAAAGCGAGUCUGGAUUUCUACUCAAGAGUCCUGGGAAUGUCAUUACUCAAGAGAUUGGAUUUUCCAGAUAUGAAAUUUAGCUUGUACUUUAUGGGCUAUGAAGAUACAUCAUCUGCUCCAGAAGAUCCAGUUGAGAGAACUGCAUGGACAUUUGGUCAAAAGGCCACCAUUGAGCUCACACACAAUUGGGGCACUGAAAAAGAUCCUAACUUUAAAGCAUAUCAUAAUGGGAACUCAGAACCUCGAGGAUUUGGACAUAUUGGUAUAACAGUUGAUGAUACAUACAAGGCAUGUGAGAGAUUUGCACGUCUACAUGUUGAAUUUGUCAAAAAGCCUGAUGAUGGGAAAAUGAAAGGAAUUGCAUUUAUUAAAGAUCCUGAUGGCUACUGCUUCAAAAGACUAGAGGAAUUUUUUAUGGAAAGCUUGGAAUAAUAGUGUCUUUUAACGCUUUUGUGAUCUCAAAAUGUUGUAAUAAAAUGAGUAAUUUGGUGCCGAAUAUAUUUUGAGAGGAAAUAUGGUGAAUGUACAAGUAUUGGUACAUGAGGUACAAGUGUUAUUGGUUUGAAUUUUGUCGGGUUCAUUACAUAACCAAAUUAUACAACAUGGGUCAUUUUUAUAUGAUUUGUGGUUAAAUUGUAUAAUUUGGUUCUAAAUCCAAC